CGGAUACUUCAUCCAAUGGGCUUACGGGGAGCGGUUAAGUCUGUACGGAGGGUGUGGAUGAAUUGAGUCCAGCUUCCCUCUGAUGAUCUCCUUCGUACAGUGACGGCUCCCUUCUACUUCUUCUUUCUGAACUAGCGGAGAGAUUGAGAGAGGACAUAUCCAUCCAUGGAAGCUAUGGAAGCAAAACUGAGUGAGACUGGAUGCUGUAUUGAGUUACUAGUGCCACUUGCCCAGGGGCUAGCCAAGCAGCCAUUAACCUCUGUUCCUGUGAGAUAUGUGCGUCCAGAACUUGAGCUUCAAUUUACAUCUAACACUUGUUCUUCACGACUACCUCAAGCUCCCGUGAUAGAUAUGAUUAAGUUGCUGUCUUCAGAUUGCCAUGUUUCUGAGCUCCACAAGCUUGAUUAUGCCUGCAAACAUUGGGGUUUCUUUCAGGUUUGUCAUCUUCUCCUCCAAUUUCAUGUACACGAAUUCUCAUGGGUAUUGAUCACUUUACCUAUCACUUUAUUGGUAAGUAAACGGGGCCAACGCCCAAACAAAAGAAACUACACAAUUAAGCGUGGGCUAGAACAGCCCAAUUCAUCCCUAUGCAACGCUCCCAUAAACCCACAGGUGGCUUAUGCGGCAUUUGGACGACAUUGGUUUGAAGUUGAUUAAUCAUGGAGUGAGCCCUUCAUUAGUGGAAAGUGUGAAGAAAGGAGUGGAAGAGUUUUUCAACAUUUUGAUGGAAGAGAAAACCAAGUUUAAUAGGGAGUAGGAGAAAGAGAAGGAUAUGGUCAGUUGUUUGUUGUAUCUGAAGAACAAAAGUUUGACUGGGCUGAUAUGUUGUACCUCACCACUCUCCUACUACAAGCAAGGACACACUUACUCCCUAACCUCCCCUUCCUGUUCAAGUACUCUUGACAGUUGACACACACACAAAAAGAGAAAACUUCAAAGAAAUUCAAUCACAUGAUUUUUAUUGCCAUGCUGGGAUAACUUGGACGCCUAUUAUAUGGAAUUGAGAAGGCUUGCAAUGGAACUGAUUAUGCUAGUGGUGAAGCUCUAAAUAUGGAAGCUAAAGUGUUGAGACUAAAUGAACAAAGCCCAACCCACAAAUAUUGCCAGAACCCCAUACGAAGAAGAGUUUAGUAUUAUAUGGACCCAGAAUAUCUGACUUGAUAUUUUUGUGUGUACAGUUUUGUUGUUUUUCCCUCUUAUUUUUAUCUUGUAAUUACCUAUUGUUAUUCUUUUUGUAUUAAGGUGUUUACCCAAUCUCUGUAAAUAGUAAUAAAGGUAUUGGGCACUGUAAGCCACUAUUACAUAUUUCUCUUCUUGUGUAAUUUCAUCUUGGUAGUAGAGCUGUCUUUAGGUUUACACUAUGGUUGACAAGAGCUCCCUUCAUACUCCUAAAAAUUCUUCUGCCACUUAUAGCUUACAC